GCGGCGGCCCAAGGUUUAAAGUGAGAACUUUCUGCGGGCGGCGCCGAGCCGCGCAGCCCCGACACCGCCACCCGGCCGCUGUUGCCCGCCGUCGCCGCCGCUGCUCCCCCCCCCCCCCCCCCCCCCCCCCCGGGCGGGCCGUACAAUCCUCGGCAGUGUCCUGAGACUGUACGCCCGCCUCGGGGGCGACCCGGUGCGCCGAGCCGAGCCGUGCCGAACCCCGCGGGCAGGUGCUGAGCCCGCCCCGGCCCGAGAGGCGGCGCAGGAGCCGGCCGCCGCCGCCGCGAUGACAGCUGACAAGGAGAAGAAAAGGAGCAGUUCAGAACGGAGGAAGGAGAAAUCAAGAGAUGCAGCAAGAUGCAGAAGAAGCAAAGAGACCGAAGUUUUCUAUGAACUGGCUCACGAGCUGCCCCUGCCCCACAAUGUCAGUUCCCACCUGGACAAGGCAUCCAUAAUGCGCCUGGCAAUCAGUUUCCUACGCACUCACAAGCUUCUGUCUUCAGUAUGUGCUGACAAUGAGAAUGAACUAGAUGCAGACCAGCAGAUGGACAACUUGUACCUGAAGGCUUUGGAGGGAUUUAUUGCCGUGGUGACACAGGAUGGAGACAUGAUCUUUUUGUCAGAGAAUGUCAACAAAUACAUGGGUCUCACCCAGGUGGAAUUAACUGGACACAGCAUUUUUGACUUCACUCACCCAUGUGACCAUGAAGAAAUUCGAGAGAAUCUGAGUCUGAAAAAUGGUCCAGGCUUUGGAAAGAAAAACAAGGAGAUGUCAACUGAGCGUGACUUCUUCAUGAGAAUGAAAUGCACCGUUACCAACAGAGGCAGAACUGUUAACCUCAAAUCUGCCACCUGGAAGGUUUUGCACUGCACUGGACAAGUUAAAGUGUAUAACACUUGCCCUCCUCACACUUUGUGUGGGUAUAAAGAGCCUCUUCUCACCUGCCUUAUAAUAAUGUGUGAGCCUAUUCAGCAUCCUUCAAACAUUGACAUCCCCCUGGACAGCAAGACCUUCAUGAGUCGCCAUAGCAUGGACAUGAAAUUUACCUACUGUGAUGACAGAAUAACAGAACUGAUUGGAUACCACCCAGAGGAGCUGCUGGGCCGUUCAGCAUACGAGUUCUACCAUGCCUUGGACUCAGAGAAUAUGACCAAGAGUCAUCAGAACUUGUGCACAAAAGGUCAAGUGGUGACUGGCCAGUACCGUCUGCUUGCCAAGCAUGGUGGAUACGUAUGGCUGGAGACUCAAGGGACUGUCAUUUACAACACGCGCAACCUACAGCCUCAGUGUAUCAUCUGUGUCAACUAUGUGCUGAGUGAAAUUGAGAAGAACGAUAUAGUGUUCUCUAUGGACCAAACGGAAUCACUCUUCAAGCCUCACCUGCUCACGAUGAGCACGGCCUUCGAGAACGGGAUCCCCGGGACGGAGAAGAGUGAUUUCUUGUUUACUAAGCUAAAGGAAGAACCAGAGGAACUUGCGCAGCUGGCACCAACACCUGGAGAUGCCAUUAUUUCCCUGGAUUUUGGGACACAGAAGUUUGAGGAAGCCCCUGCCUUUACCAGCACUGUUUUGACACCAAAUAAACCCUGGCCAGUGGAAGUGAAAAGCCACGCUGCUCCAGGUGAAACACUGACGAUACCAUCCUUUACCAUGCCUCAGAUUGCACCCGGCAGCAGUACUCCAAGCGCAAGCAGCAACAGUAGCUGUUCCACGCCAAGCAGCCCAGGAGAUUACUACAGUUCUGUGGAUGAAGAUCUUAAGAUUGAGGUGAUUGAAAAACUCUUUGCCAUGGACACGGAAUCAAAAAAUCAAAGCAGCUCCCAGACUGACUUCAAUGAACUGGACCUUGAAACCUUGGCUCCUUACAUUCCUAUGGAUGGAGAAGAUUUCCAGCUCAGCCCAAUAUGCCAAGAAGAACGUCCUCUCUCUGAAAGUGCACAAAAUACCCAGCAGAGUCUAAGUAGCAUGAGUACUAUCUUCCAACCCCUUGCUUCUGCUUCACAGAAUCAGUUCCUCCCGGAAAAAUACUGCCCACAGCUAUCAAAUAAAAACAUUAACCCUGGUCAUGGGUCACUGUCAUCUGUGUUCUUCAACAAUGUGAGUAGGUCAUCACUGCCUCCGUACCAUGACCAAGCCAGCACUCCCCUGUCUUCGAUGGGAGGAAGACCAAACACCCAGUGGCCACCUGAUCCCCCAUUAGAAUAUGUUCCAGCUAAAUGGAGACUCAUGGAUAAAUACUCAGGAACCCUAUCAAGUUCACCCUCAGGGCCCCCAAUACAUUCUCCCAGCAUGCCCAUAUAUAAAAAAAGGCCACUGGAUGCUUUUGGGCAACGAGGCAUAGAUAUAAACCCAGCAAGAAUUGCUCUGUCUAAUAGUUUGAAACUGAAGCGACAACUGGAUUAUGAAGAACAAGCAUUGCAACAACUGAGUGGGGGAGAUCCGUCUGUCAUUAACCCAUCUCACUUAAUGUGGAAGAGAAUGAAAUUUCUCAAAGGGGAAAAUUGUUCCUUGGUUUCCGAAAAGAAGUCUCUCAGCACAAGUGUUCUUACUGAUGAGUUUGCCUGUAACUCAAGAGGUCUGAGCCAACCAAUGAAUCAACUGCAACAGCAACAGCAGCAACAGCAACAACAGCAGCAACAACAACCCACCUGUGGCAGUCCUGCUGAGAAUUUGAAAGCAGGAGCAUUUCCCCCUCAGUUUUACAGUUCCCAUUAUCAGGACUAUCCUGUUCAGCCAACUCAUAAAGUAUCGGGUGUGACAAGUCGUCUGCUGGGACCUUCCUUUGAACCAUAUUUGUUGCCUGAGUUGACAAGAUAUGACUGUGAGGUUAACGUCCCUGUUUUGGGCAGUUCCACACUUCUGCAGGGCAGUGAACUGCUCAGAGCCCUGGACCAGGCAACCUGAGCAAUCCUGCAAUAUUCCUUGGCCUAUACUGUUCAAAACAGCUUCAGUUUUUAAAUAUAUUUUUGCAAGUAGACAAUUUCUAAUACCAAUACACUUUUACAGGAUUUUACUUAGAUAUUGAACCUGUCCACGUUACCAAAUAGUGGCCUUUUGAAGUUACUCACUUUAUUAUUCAUAUUAAAGAAAUACAUCUACUGUAUUUUCUCUAUUGCAAUUAAUGUGUUGUUUAGAGAGUUUGAUUACCCUCCCCUUAUCUCAUUACCUGUAAUUUAUACUCUCAGAUUUUCUUCAAUUUUCAUGCUAGUAGAAAGCUGUGGUAUAAAUGCCUCAUCUUGUGAUACUUUGGCUGCAGUACUGCAAAGAUUUAUUUUUAUUGCCAAAGAUGAAUGAAACAAAUUUGAUCUCCAACCGCAGUUUUUUGUUGAUCUGCCAAAUUGAUAUCCUUUGACUCUUUCUGUUUUCCAGCAUUUAUUGUAUUGUAACUUUAAUAACUUGUGGGAAAGCAUACUAAAGAAAAAAUUCCCAGCCUUUUGACUCCCUCCCCUUCCCUUCAUUUUUAUACACUUUGUUGAAAGAAAUGUGAAUGGUGAACUACAAUGUUUGUGGGUAUCUGUGAAGGUUGCACGUUUUAAGCUUUUUUCCUCAGAAGCAAGCCACAUUCUCAGCUGACUUAACCUGGCUUAGCUCUACAGACAACGGAGUCCUACAGAUUUACCCCAGUGGAGGAUUUUUGAUUGUGUUGGGAUUUCUUGUUUUGCGCUUUGUUGUUCUCUUUAUUUUUACACAAAACAGAUUUUUUAUUAUUACAGUAUCUCUCUGGGUCAGUUGUUAAUCAUCUCUUGGUACUUUUGCUGUAUCUAGGCCAACAACUAUAAGAGCUGUUUCUGCUAGAACUAGUAGCAUUUCUUAGGAUGUUGCUUGCACUUCAGGAAUCUCACCAAUGGCCAGUACUAACACCUCUGAAUAAUGCUAGCCCUUUUCAUGUUAUAUGCUAGCUAGCAAUGUAAUUUCAAUAUUGAAUCAUUAAAACUAAAAGUAGUAUUUCCCAGUAGAUGAGGCUAACUCAGUUAUAAGUAGACAAAAAUAAUUAAGGAUGGUGUAGUGAGAUGAAUUACUGGCAGACAGGUCUCUCUCAUUUUAAUUUACCUUGUAUUAAUCAAGAUCUGAAAUGUCAUUAAAUUCAGCCAGACAUUUUCAGAGCUUCUUUUCAACUAUCAUUUAUUGUCAUGCACAUAUGUUAAAAAGUAAGGCUUUGAAUGCUUUCAAAGGUUAAGGUUGAAGGUUGAAUUUACAGUGUACUUAAACAGCAAAAAUAUUAAACUAAUAAAAGGCAGGUGAGCAGUUCUGACUCUGAAAUGCAUACAAACCAGGAUAAUGUGUUGGAAUAUGUCCAUCUUGUUUCCUCCACUGGUAUAAAUCAUUGUAGCUUUGCUGAAAAAAAUGCAACAGUGGCAAUGUACAAAAGAAAAAAAAUCUGGCCCAGAAACUUAGAACAAAGAUAGGCUUCAGUGGAACUGGAAGUCUAAAAGUAAUGUGUUUUAUGAAUUUGCUUUCUAUCAUGCACUGACACUUGCAGAGAGGGAGCCUUGGUUUCAUUGAGCACUUCAGAGAUCGCUGUGUUAAGUGAGUCUUAAUCAUACACACUGUGCACUCUUAGAAAAGCAGAUUUUUUGUUGUUAUUAUUAUUGGUACAUAACAUUAAAAAAGAAAAAAAGAAAAAAAAAAGAUAGUCCCUAUUGCAGCUAGAUCUUUCAAGAGUUUGUUACCAAAAAUAAGCUACUCCUAAAGUGAUCUUAUUUCUAUGUGGAAAAAACAUAGUUUAAGCAUCAAAAUGUAAUGAAAAUUGACAAGCCAGAUUUGACAAACCUUCAGUGGCAAGGACUUAAAGGCUUCAAGGAUUAAAGACACUUGAAUACUGCUCUUUUCUGUUUCUUAUUUGUGUAGUUUCAGCAUUAAAAUUGUUAUACCCUAACAGUUUACUAAAACACUCUGAAAAAUAUUCCAUGUCUUAAUAUUAAUCAUACUUUUUAUCAUAAUUAUUUCAUAAUCUAUAUUGCUGAAUUCUUAUUGACAAUAUUAUAACUGUAUGGGAACUUUAACUUGAUAAGGAAAUGUAUUUUGACACUGAUACCUUAUUAAAGUAUACUGAUCCUAAA